AUGACCACCUACGAGAAGAUCGUCAAGGGCGCCACCAAGAUCAAGGUGGCUGCGCCCAAGCCCAAAUACAUCGAGCCCAUUCUCAUGGCCACCUCUACCGAGCUCUCGUUAGAAUCCGACAAUUUUUCAACAAUCAUGAAAACACUCCAGCAUAGGCUUCAGGAUCUGGCGUGGUCGGUUGUUUAUAAGGCUUUGAUAGUGAUCCACAUAAUGAUCCGCGAAGGUGACAAAGACGUCACGCUCAAAUACUUGGCCCACAAGAAUCCCAACAUGCUCUCCUUAGCCCUGGCUCCCGUAGUCAAGAACCAGGCUGCUAACGCCGACGUCCGGUUCAUCGUCAAGUACAGCAAGUAUUUAGCGACAAGGGUCCGUCAAUUCGAUACUACAGGGAUAGACUAUGUUCGUGAUGAACGCUCCAACAACUCGACGUUGCAAUCGGGAGGUAGACUCAGAACCCUCACUGUAGAAAAGGGAUUACUCAGAGAGCUGGAGCUGGUGCAGAAACAGAUAGAUGCACUUUUGAAAAACAGCUUUAUGGAAAAUGAAAUUAACAACGAUAUCGUAGUUACAGCCUUCCGCUUACUUGUAAAUGACUUGCUUGCACUUUUCCAGGAGCUCAACGAAGGUGUCAUCAACAUUUUGGAGCACUACUUUGAGAUGUCGAAAAUCGACGCUGAACGGGCCCUCAAAAUCUAUAAAAAGUUCGUAGACCAGACGAAAUAUGUCAUUGAUUAUUUGCGGGUAGCCAAACACCUAGAAUACGCAACCCGUUUGCAUGUUCCUACGAUCAAGCACGCUCCUACAGCCUUGACUUCAUCGCUAGAGGAAUACUUGGACGAUCCAAACUUUGAAGCCAAUAGAAAACAGUACUUGCUGGAAAAGAAGGGAGAAACACCAUUAGAAGCAAAGCCUCAAAAUUCACAACAGCUUCAAAGCCAACAAUCCCAACAAUCCCAACAGCAACAGCAGCCUGAGUUGCAGAGAAAUAAUACCUUGAUUGUUCAGCAAUCAACAUACAACCCCUGGGGCGCAGUUAUCCAACAGCCCCAACUUGCAAAUGGCACAGGCUACCAGAUCGCAGCAUCCAAUCUGAUCGACGCCAUGCUGCCUCAAUUACAACAGCAGAACGCUCAGCAACAACAGAUGUUCGCUUCUGGCUUUUCUGGUAUGCCUGUAAUCGUUCAGGGACAGCAAUUUCUGCCGCUGCCUGUUGGCAUCUCCACUGCCUUCACAGGUGCGGGCUUUGGAGGCUAUGGUCCCCAGAAUCAAAAUCAGAUUCAACAUGUUCAGAUUCCACAGCAGGCAACGGGCCAUAAUCCAUUUUUGCAAGGAUUUUCCCAGCAGCAGCAGCCUCCUGCAGUACAGCAGCCUCUUGUAGCUCCGCAGACUCUUGCUCUGCAGCAGCAGCCAUUCCAGCCCCAGGGGGCAGCUCAGCAGUCGCAGACACAGCCAGAUUUAAGAAGAGCAAGUACGAAUCCAUUCUCUACUUUGACUUCUUCUGUAACUGGUCACCAAGAUGGUGGCGAGUACUCGAAUCCGUUUGCCAAUUCGAGGUUUGCUCCCAAGACCACUACCACAGCUUUGAGCUUCAAUAAUGGUGUCACUACAAAUUCUGCAUCUCCUGCCGUCGAUCCAACUGCUACGGGUAGCAAUCCAUUCAAGGUGAGUCAAGCAACAACUGCCUUGUUCAACAAUGCAUCCAGCAAGGUUCAGCAUCCACAGCAACCUUUGAAGUCUCAACCAACAGCAGGAGGAUUGGAGCACUUGCCUGUCAUUCCUGUUUUCCCUGAAACCCAAUUGGAGAGUCAGAGAGAAAACUUCUUGACGGCUGCCAGAACUGGAAUUGAAAACCAACUCCACCAACAGCAAUUUCAGCAACAGCAAUUUCAGCAACAGCAACUUCAACAACAGCAGCAACUUCAACAACAGCAGCAACUUCAACAACAACAGCAACUUCAGCAACAGCAACAGCAACAAUUUCAACAACCACAACAACCACAACAGUUUCCUAAUCUGUUUCAACAAUCACAAACCCAGCAGUUUCCUCAGCAGUUUUCGCAGCAGCAGUUUCCCUUUGCUCAACCACAGGUGACAGGCACGUCGUACCAGGGAGCCAACUUGAUUUAG